UGUGAUUCUAAAAGAUAAAGUGGAGUCGUUGGUAGAUACAAUAGCUGUUGACAGAUGGUGAUUGAUGAUGGGGUUUGUCACUAAUUACCAGAGAGAGACAGACACAGUUUAGCCAACUUUACAAAACGUGAAGGAAGAUUUCAGUGCGUGUCAAUUCUUUUGAAAUGUGGAAAAGUUUGUUAGUUAGCCAAUUAGCUAAGGGUUCUUGUGUGAUUGUGUACGUGAAGAAGAAGUAACUCACCACUGCAGUUUUGCUGCAAAUUUUAACUACACAUAGUUUACUGUUUUUCAGGAUGGUGUGUGGCUUGGUGUUCUUUGGAGUUUCAUUUGGCGCCGGUGAUUUAAGCGGCCACAUACACAGGGACUACAUCAUUACCAGCUUAUUUGACAUACCGGCUGCUGUUCUUGCAAUAUACCUUUGCAAUAAAAUUGGAAGAAAGAAGACAGUAAUUAUUUCCAUGUUUAUUGCCGGAAUAUCAUGCAUCGCUGUCUCCUUGAUUCCAAAAAAGUCAGGGAGCAAACCAUCGGAACUUGUUAGUCUUCGAGUUUUCUUUGGAGUGCUUGGAAGGUUUUGCAUCACGUUGUCACAUGAUUCCAUUUACAUAUGGUCGACCGAAAUGUACCCGACUUGCGUAAGGAGUGCAGCCAUGGGCUACUUGCAAAUCUUUGCCCAUAUUGGUUCUUCACUAGCACCUUGGGUGGCAAAAUGGCUCGUCGCCUUCCACGUGGCUCUACCGUUUUCAAUAAUGGGCGGUUUAGCUGUCAUAAGUGCGAUUCUGCUGCUGAAGUUGCCUGAGACAGCUAAUAAGGAAACAUUGGAAACACUUGCUGAUCAAUUUGAAGCGAAGGGUAGUCACGUAAAGGAGGUAGAUCUAAAAGAAGAGAAGGAAAACGUUAAUGAGAUAAAAGACCUAACUGCAUGAUAUUUUCCACCCUCCAUCAGCAAGGAGGAGCAAAGUGCUGAAAUUUUAUAAUCAAACCAAACCCAAUAUACAUUUUACUUUACGAAGAACCUUGCUAGAGGCCUAGUUCUCGAAGUUCCUCAUCUUUAGAUUUUUUAAUCGAAUUGUAGUACUAAAAGUUCCUUAAUAGUUUCUUAAUUUACGAAAAUUGCUCCUCCUCCAUUACAAUUCUGUGUUAGUGUCGCUAGAUUCUUAACUGUAGAUGGCAAAUAAGGUGAAAAACGGAUAAUAAACUAGAAAGACAUUUCAUGUAUGAAAAGUGGAAACUCAGUAAAGAAAAAAUGUAAAACUCGAAAUUAUACAAUGAAACCUUCGAUCGCUACCAUCUUUACACAAAAAUGGAUGGAAACGGCUUCCUAACUUGAUUGUUUGCAAGAAUAAAAAAUUCCAAAGAUGAGAAGCUCCUUCGGUUGUUUGUUCUUAAAACAAAAGAUUCUUUAAUUUUUUCUGCCUACUACAUGCAAGUUUUUUAUAAAGAAGUUCCUUAUAAAAAGAGUGCAAGUUGCACGAAAGUUUGGUACAUUAAUUUACUUUAAAUGAAGCUUUACGAUGGCACAAUGCUGAUCACCAAGUCAAAUGCAAACUUGGUAGAACUUCUAACCCCCCCUUCCCCCCAACCCCUCAAGAAAAAAGGAAGCAUUGCAGUGACCAUUGUCGAAUGUAAUCAUGUCCUCCAUUUUAUCAUAGCCAUUAACACCUUUCAUCGUCUCCGUACCAACAGCAACGUAAUCUACAACACUUUUGUAGCAUCUUCUGUAACAUUCCUUGUUUUAUGUGUAUAUGCCCUGUAUUGUAGUUAGUUAGUUUUCAUUUCGCUGGAGAAAAAAAGCACAAAAACACAGCAGAUUUGUUUUCAUUGUAUCGAUGGCCUAAGACAGCAUAAACCAAAAAUCAAGAUCAUAAACAUAAAGAUAAAGAUUAGUGAGAUCGUUCGUUUACAACUCUUUUAUUAAUAGUUCUGUAUUUCAUGUACAACCACAAUAAGAGCGAUUAACGCAUUACUGAAUUUACCCUGGGUACCAGAGCUAUUAAAGCAAUACUGAAUUUACCCUGGGUACCAGAGCUAUUAAAGCAAUACUGAAUUUACCCUGGGUACCAGAGCCACAAACUUUCGAGCGCGGAAACAGAGUGCCAAGCAGAGAAGCGGAGGAACGUUUGUAUGGUGAGUUCCACCAAAUGGAUUAAUCAAUAACCUGCUCCACGCACAAUGCAUCCUGCUCCCACACAAUGCAUCCUGCUCCACCAACAAUGCAUUCUGCUCCACGAACAAUGCAUCCUGCUCCACGCACAAUGCUUCCUGCUCCACACACAAUGCAUCCUGGACCACGCACAAUGCAAGAACACGUUUUUCGACAGGUACCACAAAAAGCGUUCCUCGAUUCAGUCUCCUUGCGAAACAACGAAGAGAAUUAGAUGUAAAAGCCAGGACCGCAUUCACAUCUGUUGGAGCCCUAGGCCCACAGUUGAUUGAGACCCCUUGAAAUAUAACAAAAGUUGUGUCUUGUGCAUAGUACUUGGCUAAAUAUAAUCAUAACCAAACGGGUUAAUAUUCACUAAAUAUGAAAAAAUAUUUUGGUGGUACAAAAAUUAAAAAUGCCAUGAAACAAGUAAACAUUUAAGUAUACCAAAUCUUUUCGUCUUACACUCUUCAGAGUUUAGAACGUCAGAACAUAGAUCGAAAACUCUACGCUAAGAAAUAUAUAUACCCAGUUGUGGAUCGAAAUAGGCCAAUCAGAAACUCGAGCACAUGACUGUUGAGCUUGCCCAAUAAGUGCUGUUUGCCUAUAGAGAAUGUUACCAAUGGAGACCUAAGGUGAAAACGAACUCCUUUUGUCUUCAUAAUAGCGGUUUUUUCGUGCAUAUAUAGAUAAAUUCCAAAACUGCUAGAUGGAACGACGAUCGGGCUUUACCAAUUUUCCGAAACAUGUCGCCACUAUAGUUUUUUUGCAGAAUCUGGGUUUUCCAGUAAAUGUUGCCCGAUAGCAGAAUCGCGUGUUUUAGUUUUAGUCGUACUUUAAAAUCUGCAAGACCGAGGGGGUUGUUCUCUUUGGGGAUGAGUUUUGUUUCUAGUACUAGACGGAACAUGCUGUUUUAUUCUAUCUUUGGGUAGCCAGAAUCACACUGGCACGUAAAUUUAUAAAUAACUCUUUUGGGUGGUAGAAACGCAAUCCUUUUGAAUGGAUGGAAGAACCUUUUUUGUACUGUAAACAAUACGUGGAUUAUACCGAAUCAUAUGAUAUGUCCUGUUAGAAUAUCCAGUAGCUCUAGUUUGAAAAUUACUUUUUAAAACCCCAACUAAUCAAAUCUUUGGUUAGAAAAAAUAAGUUGUUGCCUGCUAGCAGGGACGAAACUACCGGGGGGGUGUGUGGGGGGGUGUAACACCCCCCAAUCCAAAAAUUAGUCGAUUUCGCAGGGCAAUCGAAGAUUUUGCAGGGCGCCAAGAACGGAACAGGUAUGUAAGGAAAUGCUCCGU